CAUACUACCAAAUAUUUCGAUAUAAAAUACUUACAGUAUGGUUUUUUGUAAAAUGAGACAGGUUGUACUUCGGAAGGCAGGUAAGCUGUACCGUAUUGUUCCCUUCGUAGAGCCAUGUACAAUUUGUACUGACUCCGGACCUGUCUCCACCUCACAUGCCUUCCAACCUCGUAUUCCUUUUACAGUAUCAAGACGAAAAAAUUAUCGAUGACGAAUUAUCUAUGACGAAUACGGGACCUUCAACCUGACGGUAUUGAUUCCGCUUUGCCACGCUGGCUCGCAAAGACUGAUUGCGGUUCGCAUGCUUGUCCGUGAUUGGUUCUUCUUCUUGUCUCUGUUGUGGAGUUAAAAGCUAAGUACCUCUCUUUCCAAAAUAGGACCGACGGGCGUUCGUAUUUUAGAAAACCUGUCAGGCUUCCAUUUUUUACUUAAGAAGAAUGACAGAAUUCCAAAAAAAAACUAUCAUUCAUUGCACACAGGAAAUCGUACAACCUUUGUUUUCUCGGGCAUAUUCGUUCACAACCUUUUCAUUUAAGUACUAAGUAUUCUUUGUAUGCAAGGUUCCAUGGCUGAUGGAAGGAAGUAUUUUCAGAAGUUCCGUAACGUUCAUUUCACCUGGGGUCGACACAACAAACUGCGCAGCGAAGGGAACACAGGCAUUAAUAUUCAGCACAAACAGGAACACAACGGAUCACUCUUGCAACAACGGUAAAAACGGUAUCGUAGGUUCUGUUCCCAAGGCAUUUGGUUCGCAUCCGGAUUGGUAUUCUCAUUUGAUUCGCAUCCGCAGCACCACCGACCCGAUCGCAUCGCUGGGAAACGGCAGGCAAAGCACAAAAGCACAGAAUGAACAACAAGAAGCAGCACCAGCACCAGACUCGCUCCAGGAAGAAGUCGUCCCGGGGCAGCAGAAAGACGGGGUCCCGUUCGGCGUCCUCCCCGUCGUUCUGGAUGAAGAUGAAGCUCCCGGGCAGCAGGAGGUCCCUGGUGGAUCAGGUCCCUCCCAAGGUGCUCUUUUCGAUCGCCGUCUCGGCCUUUUGCCUCGCGGUGAUUUUUCUGUCGAGGUUCGACUGCUUCCACGUCCACAGGGGAGUCUUUUCCAACAUCAAGGACCUCGAGUACACGGGGCGCCAGGAGAGGGUCAAGGGAUACAUGGACCACUUUUUCAAAGUACAGGCAAAGAGGGUUCUGGACGACGAAGCCAAGGCCCUGAUGGCUGCGCACCCGCACAUUCGCCUCGACGACCUGGACCUGGACGUUAUCCUUUCCGCCGAGGACAUUGGGAUCGACGGAAACGCGCUCAACCGAAUGGACGUUGCGAAGGCCGGGAGCACCGGUCAUGCGGACCUGGGGGGAGCGAUGACCUCGGUCGGCAGGAGCGCGGGGGAGGAGCUGGUCAUUCAGAUCACCGGGGACAUGGUCCGCAGCGGGCUGGCGAAGCUGGCCGAGAGCAUGCCCAUGCCCGAGAAGAAGGCUUGCUCGUCGGAGUAAGGCGGGCCAUUGCGGGAGGCACCACGGCGGUGGGUCUUGCGCCACGAGGCAAGACGAGACGAGGCAAAAAAAGACUAAGGAAGCACGGAGCCCUCUUGCGCGGGCUCUGCCGAACGACCCACGGCCCGGCAGGGAGCCGAAUGCCGAUGCAACUGCCACGGCGUGUUACACCACUCCACACGGCACUGCGAAUGGCCCUCGGUGGCGACGGUUUGGGGUUGCUGUUCCGGGGGCGGGAAGCACCCUGCACGUCCGGGAAGGUUCCGAAACGAAAGGAAAGGAAAGGUCCUCCAUCGGGGGUUCAUCGAUCGGAGUUUUGCGACGGUUUGGUGCGGCAGGCACGCGGGAGGCGAAUUCGUUUCGUUUCGUCUCGCACGAUGGGUACGCAGGAUGCAUGGCCUUUUUGGCCGCAUCGCUGCGGUUUGGUUUGUACAAUUUUCAGUUUUGAAUCGAGAACCUCUUCGUAAAUACUAGUAAUAAUCUUUUCUGACACCUAGCAAGUAGUUGUAUCUGGUAAGGCACUGGUACACUUUUUAGUUUCGAAUCGAGAACCACUUUAUAAAUACGAAUAAUAAUCUUCUAAAUGA